CUUAUCGCCCCAUUUCUUGUCAAACCCACCGCGUCCAACGCCUCGUAUCGCACAUCGGAUGGCGGUAUGCGAUAGGCAUAUCAGUGCCGUAUGGGAUUGAGCGCGGAACAGAAUCCGGCAAUGAUUCGGCCUACUGCAGCACCUCCCGAACAUGUAGGGAGCCAGCUGCCUUUCCCGGCAGCUUGGAGAGCUUGCUCUUUAUAGCAGGGACAUGCAGGAGUGGUGCGAUGUGCCAGCUGGCCUGCGCUGACCCAGCAAUUGCGCCGGAACGAACUCAACAUGGCUCCUGGAUACAGGCUUGGUGUUGACGUUGGAGGGACCUUCACAGACAUCUGCGUCAUUACUCCCGACGGCCAAUCCGUUCGCGCAAAGGUCCCCACGAAUACCUCGGACCAGUCCAUCGGCGUGCAGGAGGGCGUCGCGAAAGCGCGCAAGAUCCUUCAGGAGAAGUACCACUGGGACGGCAAGUUCGAGUACAUACACCAUGGCACGACGACCGGCACGAACGCGAUACUAGAGGGCAAGGGCGCAAAGGCGGGCUUGAUCGUUACCGCAGGGCACAAGGACAUCUUGACGGUUCGGAGGAGUCAGAUACCGGGCGGUCUGGGCGCGUGGAUCAACUUCGUGCAGCCGGAGCCCAUUGUGCCGCUGGAGCGCACAGUCGAAGCUUCCGAGCGCGUUACAAUUGGCGGCGAGGUGUUUAGAGAGUUGAAUGAGGCGCAGUUCCGAGAAAGCCUGGCAGACCUGAAAAGGCAGAAGCCAGAAGCCAUCUCGGUGUCGCUGUUGAACUCGUUCAGCAACAACACCCACGAAAACAAGAUCCGGGAGAUUCUGCACGAUGAGUUUGGACCGGAUGUCGAGGUCGUCACGUCGACGGACGUGUUGCCCGAGAUCCAGGAGUACGAGCGAACGGUCACGACUACCGCGAACGCCAUCGUCAAGCCCAUCGUCAAGCGAUAUAUGUAUAAUCUCCAGAAGAUGUUGGCAGCGGAUACGGAUACAAUCCGGAUUUUAAAGUCGGAUGGCGAUCUCACAUCGGUGGACCUCGCAGGCAACCUGCCAGUCAAUAUCCUCAUGAGCGGCCCAGCCGGUGGUGUCAAGGCCGUGUCGCAUCUCAUUGCGAAGAACACGCCCUUCAAGAACCUGAUUACGUUGGACAUGGGAGGAACGAGUACCGAUUGCGCUCUGCUCUCUGGAUCCGAUGUCAUUAUUCGACGCGAAACCAACGUCGGCUCGCUCGCCGUCAAGGCGCCGUCGGUCGAUGUACGAACUGUUGGGGCUGGAGGAGGCUCGAUAGCCGUCUACAACGACUUCACGAAGCAGUUGCGCGUUGGUCCAGAGUCAAGCGGCGCUAGCCCCGGCCCUGCGGCAUAUGGAAUGGGUGGAACUCAAGCCACCGUUACCGAUGCCAAUCUGACCCUUGGCUAUCUUCCAUCGAAGCUACUGGGCGGCACAUUUGAGCUCGAUGUCGCUGCUGCCUCAGCCGCCGUGGCAUCAAUUGCCAAGCAGAUGGGCAUGGAAAUCACAGCCGCAGCCGAGGGUAUCAUUGACUUGGUCAACGAGUCGAUGCACGGCGCUCUUCGUCUUGUGUCCGUCGAGCAAGGUUUCGAUCCUCGUGACUUUGCGCUCGUUGCAUUUGGUGGUGCCGGUCCUUUGCAUGCGAACUCCCUCGGGAAGCUCCUUGGCUCAUGGCCCGUCAUCGUCCCUCCGAGCCCUGGUAUCCUCUGCGCUCAGGGCGAUGCUACCACCAAGAUGUCCCACGAACAAAGUUGCACCUACAUCAAACUCUUCUCCAACAUCACAACCGAAGACCUCGCGGCAUCACUAGGCGAGCUCAAGGACGGCUGCAUGAAGACCAUGAAGAAUGCGCUCGGUAACGACGACGUACCUCUAAAGGUCAUGUAUCAAUCAGAUAUGAGAUACAAGGGCCAGGCAAUGACACUCACCGUCGACUUCAACGAGGAGGAUCUGAAGGAUACACAGGGCCUUCUUAAGACCCUACGAACGAAGUUCGGUGAGAUGCACGAGCAGCAGUUUGGCUUCUCGCACGAAACCGCCGAACUCGAGACCAUGCGUAUGCGCGCCAAGGUCGUCGAUGCUUCGGAAGAGGUGGCCAUUAAACCCAUCGAAGAAGCUAAAGACUCCACACCGCCUGAAGACGCAAUCAUGAUGAAGCAGGAUAUCUACUAUGAAGGCAAGAAGGUGGAGGCUAACUUCUGGGAUCGGGCCAAGCUCAUGAAGGCUGGCAUCAAGAUUGCUGGGCCCGCAAUCAUCUCCGAGAUGGAUUCCAACACUCUUAUUCUUCCCGGCUAUAUUGGCGAGAUCGACUCUAUGGGCAACAUUCUGAUCUGGCCUGCCGAGAAGAAGACCGAGAAAAAGGCGGCCCAUACGAAGGAGUCAGCCGAGCAGCUCAUCCAAGAGCAACCUCUCAUAUCUACAUUGAUCUCGUCCGCGCUUGGCUCGAUUCGCCGAGAGAUGGAUACUUUGAUGCUGAGAUGCGCCAUGUCUCCUGCGAUCCGAGAGCAGCAAGACGAGUUCAACGUCAUCACCAAUACACGUGGCCAAAUGCUGGUCGGCCAGUUCGGCAGCUUCAUCACGCAGUUCCUGAAUGGCUGGAAGGGGACCAUUGAAGAGGGCGACAUCUUCGUCACGAACGAUGUGUAUCAGAUCGAUGGCGCGGUAUCCCACCUUAAUGAUGUUAUCGUCCUGCUUCCGAUUUACUACGAACACGAGCUUAUCGGAUGGGCUGCGAACUUCGGGCAUUUAACAGAUGUCCAGGGGAAAGUCCCCGGAUCGAUGAGUAUCAACGCCACCACUAUCUUCGAGGAUGGUCUUCAGAUUCCCAUCGUCAAGCUCUACGACAAGGGCGUGUACAACCAGCCAUUGGCCGAGCUUUUCUUCCGAAACUCUCGCCAGCCGGAGUGGUUCCAGAGCGACUUGGUAGCUUUGGUCGCUGCCUGCAAGACUGCUGCUGCACGUGUUUGCGAGCUGUGCGAGCGCUAUGGCUUAGAGGUAUACGAAGCAGCUACGGAUAACCUCCUCGCUCAGAACCGCGCUGCCAUCAAGACCAUCAUCGACGAGAAAAUCGGCAAUGAGAGGUCGGGUUUCACGGACUUCAUUGAUGACGACGGCCACGGUAUAGGGCCGUACGCCAUUUCCUGCUCGAUGCAAAAGCAGGGUGAUAAGCUGGUCUUCGACUGGGAUGGCACAUCACCGCAGUCCAAUACUUCGAUGAACUUCUAUCUCUCCAUCACCAUGUUCAAGAUGUUCAUCGGUUACUAUCUCCUCGCGGUCUACGACCCACACUGCGUGGUCAACGAUGGUUUCCACGACCUUAUCGACAUCAAGAUUCCCACUGGCACGAUCCUCCGCCCAGUACGACCUGCGGCCCUCAGUUGCCGGACGCAUUUGCUAGGUCGCGUCAUGGACGUGAUGCAAGCACUCUUCGGCCAGCGCAACCCUGCCUAUCGUUGCGCAGCUGGGUUCUCCGACUCGCCCCACCUCUUCUAUUCUGGCUUCAAGCCCGACGGCGAAUUCUACCUCCUCUAUCAGAUCGGCUUCGGCGGUGUUCCCGCUCGGCCUAUCGGCGACGGCCCAGACUGCCACUGCUUGUUCCCAGCUAUCAAAUCUAUUCCUACCGAGAACAUCGAGCUCUACUUCCCGCUCAUCCUCGAAGCUAACGAAGCGCUUCCGGAUUCCGGAGGCGCCGGAUACUUCCGCGGCGGCAAUGCGCAGAGGACGCUGUAUCGCUUCUUGAGCGAGGGCGAAGUUAGCAUCCAUGACGACCGGUGGCUCAUCAAGCCGUGGGGCGUGAACGGCGGCAUGCCGGGUUCCAGGUCGAAGAAGGCUCUGUACAAGAACAACAGCUAUGGAACGGAUAAGCAGAAAGAGAAUACGGAGAUGUUGCAGUCGAAACAAGACCACAUACACGUCAUGCCAGGAGACGUCCUCGAAUGGAUAACCUGGGGCGGCGGCGGCCUCGGCGACCCGCUGACGCGCCCCGCGCACAUCGUCGCCGCGGAAGUCCACCGCAAACUCGUCACCGUCUCCGGUGCCGCCCGGAACUACGGCGUCGUCGUGCGCCCGUCCGACUUCACCGUCAACGAAGGCGCGACUACCGAGCUGCGCCAGAAGAUGCGCGAGGAGUGCAAGGGUAAGGGAUACAGCGCGGAGCUGAGCUAUGAUAGAGGCGGCACGAUGAGUGAGCUGAUGGCGCGGUGUGAAGAGGAUACGGGCCUGCCGCCGCCGAGGCCGCAGUGGGAGAAGAAUCCGUAUGGGCCGCAUGUCGGGCUGGAGUAUGUGAAGGGCUGGUAUGAGAGGAUGAGGAGGGAGGGGAUGAGGGCAUGGGACUUCUAGGAGGAUGUCUGGUUGAUUGGAAAUAGAUAGCCGCCUGAAGGCCUGAAGGCCGGUUGGAAAUAUAGAUUAUAUUACUGCAG